UCAGUAAUUAAAAGUAUCAAUCCAAGAAACCACCCUUAUAUCAAAAGCCGUUUGGGAGCACUGGUGGAAGUUUCACUUUAAAAUGCGACAACAUGGGCUUGAAUCCUGCAAAAGGUAGUAUUUUUUGGCCUUUAAAAUCAGAUUUUUCAUCGGCCCGGACCCUUUACCUUACCCUUGAGUCGCUCUUAGUGGUGCCCUCAUGUCCUUGGUAACCGGAAGUUCUCUUAAUCAUGUCUGUCUCACUUCUCUCAUGUUUUCGACCACGGAAGUCAUACUUUACUAACGAGAGAGAAAGAAAGAAAAAAGGAAAGAAAAGAGAGAGAAGUGAAGAUAACUAUUUUACUUUUUUCUUGGAUAAAUUAAUCAGCAAUGAUUAUGCUUUAGGGUUUAGAAUGAUAAAAACGAUUACAUUUUGUAUAUCAAGGACCAUAACCGUUCACACCUCAUACAUUAAUGUAAUGAAUGACUUAAAAGAAUUGAGCUUGGUCUAUUUAAAUUAAGUUAAUAUUUAAAUUCCUAACGAAUUUCCCACUAAUUACUUAAUAUUAAGUUAACAUUUAAAUUCCUAACUAAUUUCCCACUAAUUAUUAUUUAAAAGGAAAGGAAAGCAGCUUUGGCAAAAAGAAGAGGAGUCAAUCAGUAGAGUAUAAAAACAACGCUGUUGGCUCCAAAGUCCAAACCAAACAAAACAGAAACAGUCGAGGGCAGAAUUGUUGGAAGCAAAUUGAAAUUAUUCGGCAAAAGUAUUAACUGAAGAUAAAAUGCUGCUUUGUCUCUGUCACUGGGGCAGGAAGACAAAGAUGCUUCCAGAUGGAUCCAUUUUGUAUGCGGGAGGUAUUACUGAUCAGUUUGUUGUAGAAACAAGCAUAAACUACAACGACUUUGUGAAGGCAGUUUUUGAUCGAUUAGGCAUUGAUUCUUCCGAUAAGAUGUUGCAUUUUACAGUGAAGUUUGAUAGGUCAGAACCGAUACGGCUGAGGGAUCAACAAGGUGUUGAUACCCUGUUACAAUUUAAUGAUGGCUUUGCUCAUGUUUAUGUGUCAAGUUUGCAGGAGGAGCCUUAUUCUAUAACGCCAUCAGUUGGUGCGAGAAAAGUAGAACUUGAUGUUGUAUCUUAUUCAGGACAAAAUACAACUCCUGCAGGUGAUGAUGAGAAUAAUUUGGAAAGCGCGUUAGAGAAGGCACGGUUCCAGUCAGCUGGAGAUAGUAGUAAACCUCUGAAGGAAGCAAUAGCAAACCAGUCAGCUGGAGAUCGUGAACCACAGCAGAAAGAAGCUGUUGGUGUUGAUGAUCAAAAGAUUGUUGGUACAACUAGGUCGUGCAGUAGUUCAAAAUCAAAUACAAUUUCUGAUAAAGACAAUUCAGAUUUCCUUCAAUGUUGUCAUCCUGAAUUCAGUGAUUUUUUCAAGCAUAAAGCUGAAAAUUGCUUUGCAGUUGACCAGAUAUGGGCUGUCUAUGAUGAUGUGCACGAUGCUAUGCCAAGAAAAUACGUCCGCAUCAGCAAGGUAUUUGGUCCUGAAUUUAAGAUCAUGUUCAGAUGGCUCGAGCCUCUUCCAGAUGAAGACCAAAGGGAGUGUGCUUGGGUCAAGUCAGGCUGUGGGAAGUUCAUUAGUGGGGAUAUUCAUUCCACUUCUGAUCGAUUUUCUUUUUCUCAUCAAAUGCAUUGUAAAGAGGGGACGAGUGAUAUGUACAUUUUAUAUCCUCGGAAAGGGGAAAUAUGGGCGCUUUUCAAAGCUCAGGAUAUUCUUUGGAGUCCACUGAGUCAUAGUGAACCUAAGUAUGAAGUUGUGGAGAUCCUUUCUGAUUUUGUUAAGAAUGCUGGUGUCAGAAUUGGUUACUUAGAUAAAGUUACUGGAUUUGCUGGUAUUUUCCAGAGAACAAAGCUGUUUGUAUCUAGUUCAUUCGUUAUAAAGCCAAAUGAACUUUACAAGUUCUCUCAUCGAAUUCUUUCUUUCAAGAUGAUCAGAACUGAAGGAACGGGUGUACCUGUGGGGUCGUUUGAACUUGAUACUGCUUCUUUACCCCUUGAUCCAAAUGAUAUUUGGUACCCUGGAAAAGUCAAGGAAGAAUUAGGACUUGCAAAGUUAGGCAUCCGUUGAGUCUACGUUGUACAUUGACAUGGAUGGAACUGAAAUUUUCUGUCAUUAGUUGCUCGAUUAGUGGACUUUGUGAUUGCAGUAGCUGCAAUAAUGGUUAUGAUUAUGAUGUUUCAUUUGAUUUCAGUAGCUCGAAUUAUGAUUUUCGAAUUAAAGUGUCUCUUGUGUUUGUAACUUAAAAAAGAGAGAAAAAGAGAAGCAGCUGAAAGACACCAGUAAUGCUUUUAUCUUUUCUAAAACUCUUCUGUAAAAUUGAAGUAAUGGUAUAAGGAUUUCAGUUAAAGCUGAAAAUCUUUCUAAGUUUCACUCGCAUUCUAUUCUAACUGUUAAUUGAUGCAAUGGAGGUCAUUAUGUUUAACAAAGCUAAAAAGGAUUUGACUGCCAACAUAAUCAAAUCUAAUACACCAUUCAUAUAUUUUCAUAGUUCAAAACGAAAAGAAAUUAUUCAAUAUUUAAUUCUUUGAAACUUCUUUUCAUAUUUUUAAAUAGUCAUGAUGAAAACUAACAUCUUUUUUAUGUUCUUAAAUGUUUUUCUCAAAGCCAUAAAACACCCCGUCUCAAUUAUAAGAAAGUUAAUUGUUUUUUCUCGUUUUAUCUUUUGUACUCCUGGUAAUUAUAUUUGAAAAGUAUAGACAACAUUCACUAAAGUAAAUAUUCUCUUUUUAGUCUACAUCAAGUGAAAUUGUUGGGGCAUGUAGG